AUGCAGGCCUCGAAUACUGGCGGUUACACAGGGUGUGUCAUUGCUGUCUUUGUUCACGGUAGCGUCUUGAGAAGGUCUAAGGUACUUGCUGGUGAGGUAGUAGCUGCAUUUCGAACUUGUGGGGACGAGCACGUGCUGGAAUGGGCCUGGCGCUUGCGGCCGCCUUCUUUGGAUGACAGCCGCUGCGACGUAUUUCAUGAAACAAACACUCGAAUCGCCGGCUCAUCACCAUAUCGCGCGCUUAGCUACUCUUCGUACUAUCAUCAUCACAGUCGCUCUGCAUCUGCAUCCUCUAUUCCGAUGCCUGAACUGCCCGACAUCAGCAACGUGGUAUUCCCACUUUCGCGGGCCGCUAUGCAGAUGCAGGUCAUGUUGGGCUCAGCCCCGUGGAAUAUUGAUGACUACAGCACCCUCGCACUCUUUGCAGCAGCCCUGCAGAUGCAGUUUGGUGUGGAUCGCCAAGAUCUCUAUUUUGGCCCCAUGGAUCUAUCGUAUCAGCGUCGAGACUCGCGCGCUUACUUACAAGGGAGCCGCCGCCCUACCUCCAUACCACACCCUUACCGGUCGGCAGAUGUUAUUCUUAGGCACAGCCGCAUCAAGAGCCUCAGGAACGGCUCUCAAACAGGCGCUUCUGUCACAGACACCACACCCUUGUCCCAACGUUGGCUGACCUGCCUGGUGACCUAGUUGCCCUUUCUGACAGCGCUUGGGGCUGCGACCGAGUGGUCUAUGCAUAGUUGUACACUCCUCUUUGAGUAAACAGGGGAUCGAUCCGGCGAUUACAGAAACACAACCUGGUUUCAAACAAUUCUCCGAGCGGCCCAUUGGUCUCCAGCCUGAUGUAGGUACCCUCUGCGGCUCAAAGUUGAGCUUUGUAUAAAGCAAAAGGCCUUGACCUUGGUCCGGACCUC